AUGGCGGAACCAGCGGAUAUUCAAGUCGAACAUCCAGCCAUUGUCUUCAUCGACCUGAUGUGCUUGCUCUUCUUCGCUAUGGAAUACCUGAUGCGUGUUAUAUUCUCUCCGCGCAAGAUCAAAUUUUUACUCUCUUUACAGAAUAUUAUCGACUUUUUGGCCGUCCUGCCCGACUUUGUCCAGAUGAUCAUCAUUCGAGUGUCCCCUUUGCAAAGCCCUAAAGCCACCUUCGUGGACUUCAUGUUUAUUAUUCGUGUCACACGUCUCUUUCGGAUAUUUCGUCUUAUAAGACAUGUACCAGGCCUUUGGAUUUUGUUUUACACUCUGAAAGCUAGUUUUAACGAACUUUUGCUGAUGAGUGUGUUUUUAGUUAUUGGAAUGGUCAUCUUCGCGUCGUUAAUGUACUUCGCGGAGAACAACGAAGGUUUUAGCAAUAUUCCAAUUGGCUUCUGGUGGAGUGUUGUCACAAUGACGACUGUCGGCUACGGGGACAUGUACCCGAAAAGCUCGUUCGGUUACAUUAUAGGUUCCCUGUGUGCCAUUUCAGGUUUGCUCAUGGUUGCUUUUACUGUGCCUAUCAUUGUUAGUAACUUUGUGUUGUAUUACACGCACGUUCAGUACGGCUUGGCGAAAAAAGAUCGAAAACCCAAGUCGAAAAUCUACAUGGAGGAUCGGGAGGUGCACGAUGACACGGUGGACGGCUUCGAUAUGAAUGACGAAGCCUACAUGCCAGAUCACCAGCCCAUAUGA